AUGGAGGAGGAAGCUGUGAGGAAGAGGAAGAUUCCCUGGGACCACCAGGUAGACAAGGAGCUGAGGAUGGAGGCCAGGGAGGACAAAUCCCCACGGCAGAAACUCGUGGAAGAGGCUGUGUUGAGCAGCUCUACUGCACAUGAAUUUAACAAGAAGGAGAUUUCCCCGAGAUCCUGCAGGAUGAGGGGCUUCAAAUCCAGCCCAGGGUGCUCUGAGGAGGAAAGACCCACCCUGGGCCAGGAAGGUGGACAGAGCUUCAGCCAGAGCUCAGAGCUGGUGGUCUGUGAGAAGCUUCAUGAUGGGGAGCAGCCCUACAAGUGCUUGGAGUGUGGGAAGAGCUUCAGGCAGAGCAGCAGCCUGACCCGCCACCAGAUGAUCCACACUGGGGAAUGGGCCUACGAGUGUGGGGAAUGUGGGAAGGGCUUCAGCCGGAGGUCUCACCUCAUGAACCACCAACGCAUCCACACUGGGGAGAGGCCCUACGAGUGUCCUGAGUGCCAGAAGAAGUUUCACACCAACUCCAAUCUCCUCAGCCAUCAGCGCAUCUACACUGGAGAGCUUCCCUAUGACUGCCCCACAUGUGGGAAGAGAUUUCACGCCAGGUCCCAUCUCCUUUUGCAUGAGCGAAUUCACACAGAUGAGAGGCCCUUCUGCUGCCCUGACUGUGGCAAGGACUUCAAGCAAAACUCCCACCUCGUCACCCACCGGCGCAUCCACACUGGGGAGAGGCCCUACGAGUGUCCCCAGUGUGGACAGAGCUUCAGCCAGAGCUCAGAGCUGAUGGUCCAUGAGCAGCUUCAUGAUGGGGAGAAGCCCUACAAGUGCUUGGAGUGUGGGAAGAGCUUCAGGCAGAGCUGCCACCUGAUCUGCCACCAGAGGAUCCACACCGGGGAAUGGCCCUACGAGUGUGGGGAGUGUGGGAAGGGCUUCAGCUACAGAUCCACCCUUGUGACCCACCAACGCAUCCACACCGGGGACAGGCCCUAUGAAUGCCUUGAGUGUCAGCAGAGAUUUCAGACCCGCUCCACUCUCCUCAGGCACCAGAGGAUUCACAGCGAGGAGAGGCCCUUCCUCUGCCCCGACUGCGGGAAGGGCUUCAAGCAAAACUCCCACCUUGUCACCCACCAGCGCAUCCACACUGAUGAGAGGCCCUUCCUCUGCCCCGACUGUGGGAAGGGCUUCAAGCGCAAUUCCCAACUCGUCACCCACCAGCGCAUCCACACUGGGGAGAGGCCCUACGAGUGCCACACCUGUCAGAAGAGGUUUCACAGCAGCUGCAAUCUCCUCCUGCAUGAGCGGAUUCACAGCGAGGAGAGGCCCUUCCACUGCCCCGACUGCGGGCAGGGCUUCAAGCACAACUCCACUCUCGUCACCCACCGGCGCAUCCACACUGGGGAGAGGCCCUACCAGUGUCCCCAGUGUGGGAAGAGCUUCACCAGCAGCUCUAACUUGACCCAACACCAAUGGAGUCACCGGUAAGGGAAGCCCUGCAAAUGCCCCUGCUGCAGGAAGAGCUUCAUGAACUGCUCCAGCUUCAUCCCCCACUGGAUGACCCAUGCUGGUCAGAGCCCUGGUGAUCCAUGUUUCCUGUGAUCCAUGCUGGGAGGACACCUGUCCCUUUUCCUGCCCCUGCCAAUGACAUGAUGUGGAAUCGAAUAACAUGAGGUUGUGUCCAUGGCCGUGACAUUCCAUUCACUCCCACCUCUGGUCAUUGCCAGGGGCAGGAAAGGGAGUCUCUCUCUCCCCUCGAGGAGAAGGGUGUCCUUCC